AAGCACAUCUUUACUUUAACCCACUUUCCAACUAAGAAUGUCUUCUUCCUUGAUAUUUCAAUCCUUUUAUUCUCUUUUUUAAAUGGUUGAUGUGAGACUCCAUUCUAACAUUUGAUCAAGAUUAAUUCAAUCACUUCUAUUUUGUUUUUCUUCGAAACCCAUCUUUUUUUUUUCUGCUUUGUGUCACUAUAGUUGCAUAACUUAGAAGUGUCUUGAAGUUAAAGUUGAUAUUAAUACAUCAUCCUAAAUGUUGUUUUUCUUGGAGUUUUUCGUUUGCAUGGUAUUCUCUUAGGGUUUACAUGUUAUACAAUUAUUUGUAGAUUCUAAGUUUGUGAAUUAUGGGGUCUGUGGAUAGUCCAACACCAUGGGUGCCUUAUAUGAACAAUCAAGAUUGUUCUCAACAAAUUUGCAGCAUAUAUUGUCCGCAAUGGUGUAACUAUGCCGGUUUUCUUUCUCCUCCUCCACCACCUUCUGGUGAUAAUUCAGGUGGUGCUUCCGGCCUCUCGCCUCUUGUGAUCACAAUCAUUGGUGUUUUCGGGAGUGUGUGCCUUUUGGUUAGUUACUAUGUUAUAAUCUCUAGAUUGUGUAGCGUAAAUAAUGAUUCGUCUGAGUCUUUCAGACAAAGAGGGCUUCAAAUUCAAGAAACUCCGGAUUUGGAAAUGGAUGAAGAUGAUUUUAACAUGGAUGAUGAUCCUUUUAAUCUUGGGCCUUGGCAUGUUCAAGGUAAGGGUUUGGAUGAGGUUAUGAUCAAUUCAAUUAGGGUAUGCAAGUAUCAAAAAGGAAGUGGAUUGAUUUCGGGGACGGAUUGCCCGGUUUGUUUAGGAGAAUUUCAAGAAGAUGAGAAGCUUAGGCUUUUGCCAAAGUGUAGUCAUGCCUUUCACGUUCAUUGCAUUGAUACUUGGCUUGCAAAUCACACAAAUUGUCCAUUAUGUAGAGCUAAUGUAAGUUGUGCCAAUGCCAUGUUGGAUAUAUUGCCGCCGCCUCCUCCUCCUCCUCCACCACCACCACCGCCACCACCACAACCACCUCGACCCAACGUGGUUGUGUCAAGGAGUGUUCCUAGUGAUUUAGGAAGCCGCGAUGAAAUAAUUGACAUUAGAGAAGAUGAAGAUGAACGAGAGGUCAGAAGAUCUAUAUCUAUGGUCAAUUUGUGUCAAAACCGCGUAUCUAUAGCUGAUAUUUUGUUUGUUAAUCAACAAGAUGAUAUAGAAUUGGAAGAACUAGAAAUUGGGGAUGAUGUUGGAUCAUCAAAACAAAUACUGAAAUCAAAACAAUGUUGGAUCUUCCAAAAGAGUUUUCAUUGGAGAUAAUACAUAUCUAAAAUUUGGUGAUAUUAGCGUUCUAGUGUGAGAUACUUGUCCUUGAUUGAAUGAUUUAAGAACUUGAAAAUUCACUUUUGUUAUAUUGCUAUCUCAAA